CUAGUUCUUCUAGCUAGGCCUAGUUGUCUACACAAUCGUUUUGUUGGUUUUAGUCAACAUUAGCUUUAACGCCCAAGUUUUUUAUAAUGUAGCCGACUUAAAUAUUUUGAGAAAUUAUUUAAGUAUUUAGCGUAGAUUAGAAAAAUAAUUAUUGUUUUAAUUUUUUGUUAUGACAGAACACAAUAACGAUGGCUACAGGUUCAGAGUUUGGUUCUUAUAAUAGUCCGUGUGGAUGGUGUGUGAAAGCGGUGAAGUGGAUCCCUGUUUUAUUUAUCGUUUGUGUAAUAAUUUGGUCUUACUAUGCUUAUGUGGUUCAGCUAUGUUUGCUUACGGUGCCUAAUGCAUAUGAGAUGGUGUUGUACUUAAUUGGCUACCACAUAGCUUUUGUUGUAUUUGUAUGGGCAUACUAUCAAACGGUGUUCACACCAAUCGGUACAGUUCCUCGGGGGUUUAAGCUACCUAAAGGAGAUCUUGAGAGACUACUUCAGGCAGAUUCAGAAGAACAACAUCGGCAAGUAAUAGAAACAUUCGCAGCAUCACUUCCCAUCACAAACAGAACUGUCACUGGGGCAAUACGCUACUGUGAAAAGUGCCAGCAAGUGAAGCCGGACAGAGCGCACCAUUGUAGCGUGUGUGGCACGUGUGUCCUCAAGAUGGACCACCACUGUCCGUGGGUCAACAACUGCGUGUCGUUCACCAACUACAAGUUUUUCAUUUUGUUCUUGGGAUACGCUCUUGUCUACUGCAUUUACAUUGUUCUCACAAGUUUGCAGUACUUCAUCCACUUUUGGAGGGGUGACCUGACAGGGAUGGGGCGUUUCCAUAUCCUGUUUUUAUUUUUUGUCGCAGCCAUGUUUUCUGUCAGCCUCGUGUCACUUUUUUGCUACCAUUGUUACUUGGUGGCACACAACAGGUCAACAUUAGAGGCAUUUCGAGCACCCAUAUUCCGCACUGGAGUUGACAAGAAUGGCUUCAGUUUAGGAGCCUACAACAAUUUCCAGGAAGUAUUCGGUGACAACAGAUCAACCUGGUUUCUCCCCAUCUUCACAAGUUUGGGGGACGGCAUAAGAUACCCUGUACGAAGCCAGCACCAUAAUGGCCAAUACAACUCUGUUGGUGUGACAGUAAACAGCCUGGGGGACGGAGUUGUUUAUCCUCAACGGAUGAUGGAUGAGGCGACGGAUCAGCUGCUCGGCGGCCGACAACACUGGUCUGAGGACGAGUCACCCACACAUACACACUCAGCACAUCAAAGUUUAGCUGAGAUUCCCGAGCACGGAACCGGCUCCGGUCUGAUGCAAGUGGUCUAACCUUUUCCCAGGUUCCUGAAAUCAGCAGCUGCUUUGCUUAGUGUUAGUCUAUGUAACAUAAACCACAUAUGUAUAAUAUGUUACAUAUCGCACUAUGUACAAUGUACAGAAAUUUUAAUUAGCUGUUAAGAUGUUUUGUGCAAAUUUGUUAUUUUUAUAAUACACGUUUAUUUGUCACUAUGAUUAAAGGUAAGGCGGACCAUAAAGAGCAUAUGUGAGACAAGGAAUUGAAUUGAAUUGAAAUUUUAAGCAGUGGAUACAAUUGAAACAUUAGAAAUGCUAAUUAUUGUAAGAGUGGUAUUGAUAAUUGGUGUGCGAAAACUUUGUAGCAAUAACUGUCUAAAAUUGAAUUUUCUACAUUAAAUAUUAUCUACAUGCAAUAUUUUACUGUUGCAUAGAAUGGCUUGGAACAGUUUAUUUGUUACUUUCGACCAGUCGGUAGAUCCAGUUUAGGUUGAUCACAGUAAAUUAAAACUGAUCCAAUGAUUAUACAGGGUGUUGAAAAUGUCUGGAACCAACAUUAUAUCUGGUGAGUGGUUAAAGAAAAACAAAUGAUAUUUUGUGUACGGAUAUAGUAUGGUUUUACCUAUCUUUUGGUGCCUUAUGAAAAUUUUUACCACUUAUAGGGAACGUCCUGUGGAGGAUGCAGUAAUAAUUUUAAAUGGAAGCCUAUGGUAAAUGAUAAAUCAUUUUAAAGGCCAUUUUUCUCUGAGUAAGGAGCCACAAGUUUCAUCUCAAAAGGACCACCCUAGCAAAAAUGACGACUGUUUGAAAUUUAAAUAACCGCUUAUAGGGAACGUCCUGUGGAGGAUGCA